AUGUCACUGGAGAGCUUAUCGUUGGAUCAGUAUGACUUGGCGGCGUUGAGUGAGGAAGAUAGUGAUGAGGAGUUGCCAACAUUUGGGGAGAAGUGGUGAGUCCGUUUUUUAAAAUUUCAUAAGCUUGUUCUGUCAUGUGAAAUAUGGUAAUAUAAAACUUUGUUUAUUUCUUUAAACCCACUCAAAUUGCAUGACAAAUACUGUAGUUUUACCCCUAGGUAAAAAAUUCUUUCAUAUUUUUUCUUUGUCUCGCAAUUACAUCCAAAAAAUCCAAAGUUUUCUAUAUGACUUGAUCUUUUCAUAAAAUGUGUUACUCUACUGUAAAUUCAAAACAAUUUUAAUUGACUUUCUACGAUAGUAAGCCCUUGGUUACGCAAGUUUUAAACUCCAUGACUCUUCACCCCCAAACCGGAACCCUAAAAUUAUGUAAAACCCUCCGUCGCCAAUUGUUUAUUCAGCCUAAUGGGAUUUGCAUGCCCGUCUCAAGUGUUUUCGAUGGCCGUAAUCGGAGGCCGUUAAUUGGGCCGAAUAAUGGGCUCUUUAAGGAUGCUGUCCGCUGACAUUACAUAUUCCAUAAUCUUGGGUAACCUGAAGCAGCUGCGUCUAAUUGCGGGCAGGGCAAUUGUUGGCGGCGAAUUCGUCCUUCCGGAUGCGUGUAAGCCAUCGCUGUAGAAGGAAAGGUCAUCCCCGACCGCGGGAGAGGCCGGUAUUCGCAGGUAAACGCGGGUGAUUUAUAAUAUGCAAAGGUGGCUCCGGAGGGGUCGAAGAAAUGGGAAGGGUAAGGGGUGGUCGAAGGAAGGCGGGCGAUGAGUAAUUGCGGUCGAGAUCAACGGAGAUCUCGGGUGAUCCCGGUUGGCCUUGAGUUGCGUUUGUUUUCUUGUGGUCUCUAAUUCCCUCUUAUGCUUGUCUCGAGCGAUUUGGCUGCGCUCAAUCAAACGGAUAAGACGCGGUUUGGAAUCAACGGAAUUUUUUGGGACAUCUAGAGGGGGAUUUUUGAAAUUUUAUGGAUUUUAAGAGGAUUCGGAAUUUUUUAAAUUAUGUCUUAUGUUAAGCCAGGCAGCGAAAAGAAGGGUAAAUGUUUAUUUAAUAUUUAAACUCAAUUUUAUGAAUUUUUUUGAGCAUUAAUGUUAUGGAUGAUAUAAAAAUCUGUUGCAAUCCAAUGAUUUCACAUUUUUCGAUUUCAUGGGUAUUUCUGAGGCCUUCUUUACACACUUUUUUUAAUCUUACAACGGCUUUUUUUCGUAUAGCAAAAAUCAGCAAUUUCCGACCCAUACCAAAUCCGGCCUUACUAUACAUAUUUUCCUAUCUAUAUCCGUUCCAAACCCCUCAAAUCCUCGCUCAUCAAGCUUAUCCCGUCAAUCCAUUGCAUCCCGUCAUUCCGCCGCUUACCUGCGCGGUUUCCCUUCUCUAAUGUCGGGCUUCUCUAAUAUCGGAUGACCGGCCGUCACUCAUCAAAAGCCCGCGCGUGUAUUUACAUAAACAGGCAUGAUACUCAAUCCUUUCUCUUCGCUUUUCCCCCCUCCUUUUCCCCGCCGGGUUCAUGUCGUUUACUGUUGCGGAAGGGGUGCGCAAAAGAAAGGUGGAAAUUUGCAUAUGGUUGUUGUUAAUGCAUGGAGUCGUCGCUGUGACGACGGCACGGUCUUCCUCUUUUAUGCGGAUGCGCCUUCAUUUCGAAGCAGACGGAAUUGGGAAUUGCGGUAUUCGAAAUAAUGGAAAUUUUGGGCGGAGUGCGCGGCCUGCGUUUCCAGGGCGUUGAGGAUGAUUUUUUGGGAUCUUUGAGUAUGCAAGGUCCCUUGUGGUCUUGAGAACUUUUGAAGGAAAACUCAGGCUAGAUGUUGAAUUACUUGGUUACGAUCAAGGCGUUUUUUACUCUCUAUUUUGUUGUUUAUAGAUGACAAAAGGGUUCCUACUUGGUUCCUACUUUAUGCAAUUUCUUUCUCAUUUUUUACAAAGCAGGGUACCUUGGAUUUAAAUUUAGCUUUUUUAAUGUGAUCGAAAUUAUGCUUGGCCAAUGCUAAUGCCGUAUUUUACCUUCUCCCCUCAGUUUAAGCCCUAUUCUUGUUACCUUUUUCAAUCUGCGUUCGGCUUUUACACUUCGCCUCAUUCAUUAUCUUACCGACCCUUUCUGCCGGCCGCAAGAACAAAAGCCUAGUAAAUGAGGCAACCUAAAGCGCCCUGAGGGCGCGGAGAGUACCUUAAGAGGCUUUAUCCAUUCUAGUGGUCACUCGUUUUAAGCGUUGAUAAUCUUUGGCACUCAGACGACACUGAAGCUCCGUUACAAUCCUAUAUUACCUUAGGACAUCUAUUUCUUGAAUUCUCAUCUUUUGGCAACAUUUCUUUUUGUCUUAUUCUAAAGGCACCUCCUCCGCCGGGAUCGGCAUUUUACGGCGGACGCGUUUUAACGAAACCCCAAAUCUUUGCGGCCAUAAAUCCGGCCCUCAGGUAAACAACAAGUCCCCGCCCCGACCUCGGCCUUAAUGUAUUGCGGUCUUUAAUUUCGCGAUCGCCCUCAGGUCAUUUAAUCUGCUCGGUUCGUAAUACCGACCCAUUCCCCAAAUACCCAGAUACGAUUACGAAGAUUGUGUUAGGGGAUUUUGAUAAACGCCGCACUUGUCAAGACCGAUCAUGUCAUCCGGACGCAGGGAGGUGGGGUUUUGCGCAAGGGCUGGUUUGUUUUUGGAAUAUUUUACGAAAGCGAAAGGAUUGGUGUCGGAAUAUUUAUUUCUUCCACAAAAUGUCAAAGCUAAAUAACAUUUUGUAAUACAAGCCGGGGUCAGUUGGGACGCUUUGUGGCCGCAGGGAAUGUUAUUAUUGUUUUUUCGCAAAGGGCCAAAUUAUUUUUGAAAUUGAAUUUUUGGCCAGAGCACGUGUUUUUCAAUCUCGAAUUUGUAGAUUAGUGUCUUAAUGGUAGCUAUAAAAAGUACUUCUAGUUGCUCUAUAGAGACUAUAGUCAAUGUGAAAUUUCAUAACUUUCUCUUUGAGUAUUACUCAACUUAGCUGAGGGAGCCUUCAACCAACCCAUUCUAGUUGUCUUUUCACCCCUCCUUCCUCGUCUAUCUGAUGGCCAGAUCUUGAUAACGCAACUCCCGACCAUCUGGCGAUUCCCGGCUUUGCGUGACUAACUGCCUGAGGCCACAAACCCCAACUGGUCACUUUGGUUUAAUUAAUUUGUCCGGUUAACUUCCUCCCUUUGUUCAUUUAUUCUCCUCUUAUUUUUUUACGAUCUCCAACGGGAUUUGCAAAGGAUUGGGCCGCGUUGUUUCCGCCGCGAUAAAACGCCCGAUCCCUUUAAUAUUAUGUGCAUGCCUGCGGGGCUCGCCUAAAUGUCCGACAAAAGCGCCGACGGUCAUUAAAUUUCCGGAACGCGAGCCUGGACAAAAUUGAGUCAGGGCGGGGCGCUGACCUCUAGCCAGUUUUUUGGAGGAUUUGUAGGUCGAUUGAGGUGAGCGUGGAGAUUUGGGGAGUCGGAAUUGAUUGGGAGCUCGGAAUUGAAUAGAAUAUUCGAAAUCGUUUAAGGUAAAAAUUAAUAGUUCUCUUGGGGAAUUGAAUGAUUUAUUCGAAGUAAUUAUUGUUUUGAGUUCCUUGAAAAGCUAUUAUGAAUAUUAUAAUUUGACUCAAAAUGACUCAAGUCAUUUUUGUUGAACUUUUGCUCUCACGUCGAGAUUUGGUGACAAAUCAAUUUCUAACAAUUAACCUAUUAAUUCGGCGUUUGGCAGCCGGGAUAAUCGAAGAUUUUUGCUGAAAAGAGAGAGCGUGAAAUGUGGAGAGUGGCCAGAGAUAAAACGCUUUUUUGCCAUAAGUCCGACAAUAUUUCAAAAAUUGACUUUUUGAAGAAACGUUGCAUUAUCCAGGAGCAGAGGUUCUCCAAGCAUAAGCGUCUAAAACAUUGUGAAUUUUUGACAAAGUUUUGGACAAAAAAUUACAGUUAUUUCUGCAAUCCCGAGCUAGGAAUCUUGUAUGUUUUAGAAAAAAUUUAUCUACAGGGGAAGUACUCCAAGUGCGACGCUCAGAUUUUCUUUAAAUUUUGCACACACGUCGGGUACAAACUAAAUAUCAAUUCCUGAAAGUUUUAGCUCGCGCUUUGCGGGCGCCGCCGAGAUAUCGAACGAUUUUUGCCGCCGAGAGAGCACGCUAAACGUGGAGAGAGGUCAGAGAGAAAAGCGCUUUUUGCCCAUAACUUUGGCAGUUUCGUGCGGAAAAAUUUGAUUUUUUGUAGAAACAUUAUAAUUUACGGUUGAAAUUGACAUGAAACUUUUCGUGCCGAAAUUCGGCAAAAAGUCCUAAAUUUUGGCCGACUUUUGACCUGAAAAUCUCGGUUGUUUCUGCAAAGCGCGACCUAUGAUUCUCGCGUAUAUCUUAGAAAAAAUUAUUCUAAAUUUGUGCCAAGUUUCAUCCAAAUCUGAGCGUCGCACUUGGAGUACUUCCCCUGUAAAUUCGCGCCAAGUUUUAUCAACAUCUGAGCGUUUGAACGCUGUCUCUAUCAGUUCAGCAUUCAUAAAAUGUCAAGUCAUCGCUUUACUUGCUUUCUCUCUCCUGAUCUUAACCUAUUUUCACCUAAAGAACUCUGGCCAUUUUUCCGAACCGUCCAUUCUUCCAUCUCUCAUCUCUGACCACUCAUCUUAUUCCUCCUCCUUAACCCCUCAAUCCUCCUUUUUCCACAAAAAAAAACAACUUCAAAUCAAACCCAUCCCCAAUCCCGAAAUCUGGGCCCUUCAGCGAGUCAACGGUCCCGAACCCUUUCGACUUUAAAUUCCGUUUUCUUUUUUUGUUUCUCCCAGAGUUUCUUUGGGACAAUGCUCGUCCGUCUUUCAGCUUCGGAAUGACUUGGAUCAAACCGGAAGAAAGCACGGGGAAUUUAUAUAAAUUGCGGCUUGAUUGAUUGCGCCUGGGCUCGCCGCAUCCCCGGGUAUUUGUUUUUCUGUUGAAUGGGCCAAUUCUUAUAUCGAGCUGACUUUUGGCAUCCUCCUCCCGAAAUUAUUGGUAUCGAUUUUGGCUGGUUUCCAGGAAAAGAGGGGGAGUUUCGAGGGUUAUAUUCUUUUUUUUAUGAGCUGUUUUUGAAUUGAGCUUUGAGAUUUGGAGAUUUGGAAGGAUUUAUUUUGCAUUUUCAAGCCAAUUUUUGUCUUGAUUCUGAUGACAGAGCCUUCCUUGUGUUUUUUUGUAAAUCAACUAGUACAUAUAGUACAUAUAGCCUCUAUUUUUUCCUCAAAAAACGACCUUUUUCGCUUUGAAUCACUCGAAAAUCAUAGCCAUUGAUCAUGCUCUUUGACUUCAGAAUUUCUUCACCAUAUAACAUGUGAUUUAUAAGGAGAUUUUGUAAAGGAUUGUCUUGUGAUGAAUGUAGAAAUUUUUAAAUAUCUCAGAUGCAUCUUUCAAAAUUCUACUCUCAACUUUUUCAAGUCAUAAUUUCACAUGUUCGCACCACUUUAUGGAUAGUAUGAAAACCCCGAAAUCUUUUUUUCGCACAUCUCCAAGACUUUUCAGGGUGGUUGCAAAGACUUGUCAUCAUUCUCCAGACAACACCUCCAAUUCUAUGCAUUUAUUUUUUGCCCCAUCACUCUUCUCCGCAUUCAAAUAAAGAUCCAGAUCUCCUCCCCAAAGCGCUGACUGAUUCGCCUCCUCGAAAUUCGAUAUCCUCUUGUAUCUCUGACUCAUAAUGCGGGUAUUUAUUUGAGUCAUCCUCUGUGUAAUUGACCUCCUUCGAAGAAUGUGUGUGCGUAUAGCGGAUUCUGUUUCCGAAAUUUCCAUCCGAAUGCCUCCAGCCCGGUGGCCGGUUCAUCUUGUGGCCAGGUGAAAGGAGAAUCCGUUUUUUGCGGCGCUCAUUCGCUCAAGUGGCUGUCGGCACUUUUCGCGGGAUCGGAUUGCAGACAUUUUUUGGGACGGACAUGUUGUUAUAACAUGUUUCAUCCGAUCUCCUUGUACUUGUGGCUGUUCCUGUCGUCGUGUCCCCCCGUUGUUUUCGGAUGUUUUCAAUGCAUUUGAGUGGCGGCGAUUAGUAAAAGAUGGACCGGGGAGGGAAGAUAGGAGAACAUGAUGGCCUGGAAUGGAGAUGGGGGGAAUGUAGUAAAAAUGGUUGGAAUUCUUUGGCUCUAAAAUAUGGUUUUGUUGAUCGUAGAGUGCUUUCUUUUUAGAGGUUCAGUUUUAUAAUAUCAUCCGAAUUGUUGAAGAUACUAUUGUCUUGCAAAAUUUCAUCGUUUCACGUGCUCUCUCGCCGACCCUUCCGAACUCUCCUGAUCGUAUAACAUGUCAUACCUUAUUUUUUCAAUUUGAAAAUUUUUUUCAUCGUAUAAGAUGUCAUACCUCAUUUUUUCAAUUUUCAAAAUGAGGGGGAGUGUUCAAAAAGGGGAGAGUUGAAAAAGGGGGAGAGUUCGCCCGCAACGCUGAAAAUCUCGGCUGAGCCUUUGCAGCCGCUCAGCAUUUCUAAAAUUUUUAGAAUUUCAUUUGUGCCCUAGACAGACAUGCCAGCAAAGACUGAAGAAAAUCAAAAUUUGAUUUUCUGAGCAACAAUGAUUCUUCAAACUAAACCCCUGAUUGUGAGUCAACCCUGUUCCGCCUAAAUUUACUGAAUAACCCACUUCCAAGUAGUGCUAGCUCAUUUUCCAUGGUUUUUCCAAUAUUCCCAAAACUUCAUUUUCUGAGCAGCAAUAAGUUUCUGAUUCUGUAAACCAGCCCCCUGAAUCAGCCCUGUUCCCCCCAAAUUUACUGAAUAAAAAACUUCCAAGUAAUCCUGACUCACUUUCCACGGUGUUUAUAACAUUCCCCCCUUCCAACGCCACCUUAACUAUUUUGAAUUUUAAUAUCACCAUUUUCACUUUCCCAUUCUCUUAACAAUCCACUCUCGCAUCAAUUCCGCACUCUCGAUUGCCUCCGGGGGGCUUCGGAAAUCGAAUACUUUCUGGCUGAUAUUCUCAGGUCAAUUGGAAUUUAUGAGGGAAUUCGAUAGGAUCGUGUCUUUUAUGUUAUGUUUCCAGCCUUUAUGGAUUUCGACGAGACUUCAAAAUAAAUAUCGAGGGUGGGCCUAGGGGUGCAAAGUGUUAUUUUUUGCUGGGAAAUCCUUUGUUUAUUUCCGAAAAUUUCUUUAAUUAAUCUUCUAAUUAGCUGUUUUUCGGAGAUUUUUUGGUGGGUUUAUAAGGCUAGAAAUAGUUUUUAUGGUGUAAGAAGUACUGCUAAUUAAGGAUAGUCUAGUAAAAUAAACUUUAAAAUCGAAAAACCAGCAUUUUACCAAGGUUCAGCCAAAAAUCUUGACUUUUCGGCCGUUUUUUGUCGAUAAUUUGCGUUUUUGGCUAUUUUUAAAUAUACUUUUUUAUACAGUGUAUAUGUCAUGCCAUUCCUAAUGAUUUCAGGAACCUUCUCCCAAAAAAAUUUUUUUUUCAAUUACAUUCUUAAUCGAAUUUUUCACGAUUUUCUUAUCCCAUUUCCCUUUCUGAUCUCCCUAAAUCAAGUUUUUUGCAAUUUUCAGCAUCGCCGCCUUCCGGCUCGCUCUCGCCGAUCUUCCCGACGAUUCCCAGCUCCAUUGCGAAGUGUUAAAUGACAAGAGCGACUUAAUUACGACAGAGGUCAGUUUCGUUUUUUUUGUUUUUUCGCACCAAGGUGGGUCUCUUUUUCCGAAAAAUCUUUUUCCCCCAUUUUUUCGAGGAAUGACUCAUCUGCUUAUCAGUUUUUUCCUCAUUUUUUCGCUCCGAAAUUUUCGAAAACAUGCGUCUUCCGAGAAUCGGGAGAGGAGAAAUCCCCGUUUAGCCGCGAAGAAUGGACAAUGGGGCCGGCUCUUUUCCGGGGGCCCCGAAAACAUUUUUGCUUCGAAAAUUGUUCAUCUGAAUCUCCGAAAACGGCGAUGAAUUAUGUCGGGCCCGCAGGAAUCCAACGUUUGUGACGGCGCGUUUCCACUUUACGGCAUGUCGUAAUGUUUCCGGAGUCACGUUUCCGAGCUUUUUUCUCGGGAUAUUGUGGUGGGAGAACGUCGAGAGCUGUUUUAUAUGAUACUUUAUACAUUUUUUUUGAGGGCUCGUCGCGCUUUUUAGUGGAGAUACAUAUAAGUUUGUUUUUGUCAUUGAUUUUUGGCAAAAAGUUUUGAUAUUUGGACCAUAUAGCUGUUGCCUCUAUAUCUCAAAGAGAGGACAGCAAAUCUUGAUCAAAUUUCGCACAGAAACUCUGUACAGAUCUAACAUUAACUACUGAAAAUCUUAGCCCAGACUUUACAGAGAAAGCUGAGAUAUUCAACAAUUUUAGCAGCAAGAUAGUACGCCAAGUGCCGAGAGCGGUCAAAGAGAAAAACUCUUUUUGCUGUAAUUUUUUAAAUUUUACGUCUAAAAGAAGUUAUUUUUAGUACAAACGUUGCUUCAGCAGUUUCAAAUAGGGCACAAAACUUUUUGGAAACUUUUUAUUCCAAAAUUAGCAAACCUCGAAUUUUUGCCAACUUUUCAUCUAAAAAAGUCUCAAUAAUUUUUGCAAAACGCAUGCUGAAAAUACGGCAUAUUUCUUAUAAGAUACUGUUCUAAAUUUUCUUCAAGCUGCUUCAAAAUCUUAGCCUUUGGUAACUCCUAUUUACACUGCCGUAACUGACUCCUUGCUAAUCUCUUUACUAUGUUUUUCCUCCACCUUCCAUCCUUAGUCACACUCUGAUUCAUAAAAGGUCAUUUUUUUCCCUCCCCAUGACAUCUGCUACUAGCUUACUCAACUUUACUAACACCAUCCCCACUUUUUAGCAUUACUUUUUCCCCAACUUCUUACUCUCUCUACUUCCUCAACUCCUAAAGCCAUUUUCCUUUUUUUUCAUGGAUAUUUAAAUUGGAUAUCCGAAAUCAUAACCAAUUCCGGCUAAGGGAAGACGCGCUCAGAUACCGUGUCAGAAUCCAAUUUAUCCGGGGAUUUGUUGCGUUCGGCUUUCCUUUUUCUGUCGCAUUUCCGGGCGCCUCUUUGGUUCCGAUUCCUUGGCCGAUCCCACCGUUCCGGCCCGUGCCUUUUGAUGGGCCUACCGCGCUCAUUACUCAUUAGAGGGGAGUUUCUUUGAUGCAGGAUUCUUUGAUUAAUUUGGGACAUUUUGAGGGGAAAAGAUGAGGGGAUUUUUGGGGCGGAAGAUGGGUUAAAGUUUGUGGACAAUGUGGCCUUGGUUUGGGAGAGGUGACUAAUAAAGAGUUUUUGGAGAUAAAAUUGGAAUUUUCUCGAGGCGCUAUGCGUGCAAAAAAUCAGAGUUUUUGAGAUCUUUUACAAUUGGCUCUGUUAUGAUGACAAAAAUUUUUGCAAAAUUUUGAAUAAGAUUUGAUCUUUUGGUUAAUUUAUCUUUUGUUUUAAAUAUUUUUUGUGUCAACAUGGCUUUUCUGAUCAUAUGAGCAUGGGUAUUUUACAAAUCAGCGUCCUAAAUAAGUUCCUGAAGCCUUUUUUUUAGAAAAAAUUCCAGUUUUUCCAAUUUUCCUAGAUGUAAAUUUUGGCCGUUUUUGAAAAUUAAAAACUCUUUUCACGGUGUUCUAAAAUACUUUAACUCUAAUAUAAGUUUUUUUAUAUCGAUCCACUAAAUCCCCCUCAAAUUUCUCCCUCAUUUCCCUCCCUCCCAUCUUUAAUCACUUCCCUUGAUUGGGAAGUCAAAAAGUUCUGGCCAAAUCCAAUUUCUCGUGGCCACAAAAACCCCUCUCCCUUCUCCAAGUCAUUUAUUUCGUGGAAAAAAGUCUUGGGACACAUGGGUCGGAGGCGCUGUUCCUUUUUUCCGCCCCGAUCCAAGCCGGUUCCAAUCCAAUGCCAUCAAAAAAAUUCCAUUGGGUUUUCGCGCAAAAGGUUUUUUUUUUGUAUUCCGAGAUCUUUUCCUCCAUUUUGGAGGUUUUGUAGCUUGAAAAGUAAUGAUUCUGGAGACUGUUCGAAGGCGGGAUGGGGUGGAAAUUUGGGGGUUCGGAAUAUAAUUGGAUCUUGGCUGGGGAUCCGUUGGAUUUUUUUUGUUUUUAAAAAUGUUUUUUGGUUUUCUAAAAUCCCAAAAAAGUUCUAAAAACUAAGAUUUUUUCAAAAUUCACAUGAAUCUGGAUGAAUUUUGGCACAAAUUGAAAUUAGAAUUUUCUAAAUUUUUAUGAAAAUCAUUGAUUUUAAAAUUCCUAAAUUUUCGAAAUUUUCGAAUCUCCUCUAGCCUCACUUUCUGACCCCAUAUUAGCCUCAACGCUCUAAAUCUUGGGUAUUUUUAGCCUUUACUUUGAUUUAUUACAAGCCACAUUACCGCUACGUGGCCUACGCUCUCUCUCUCCGCCAUUUACGCCUCAAUUUCCCGUUUUUAUUUUGGGUUAUGUAAAUGAGCUCGUUAAAUUUCUUUAUGGAUUUUUUUUGUUUCCUAUGUGUUCCUUGGGCUGUUAUAAUUUGUAUGUUUCUUUGGAUUGAUAAUUUUUUGUCGAAGAUACGGAAUUUUUUCAUUUUUUAAAAGACGCUUUCUUCAGACUUACUUAAAAUUUGGCAUGUCCACUCUACACGUUGCAUCAGUAUUUAGCUGAAAAUUUGAACUCAUUCUUUAAAGUUUAUGGGCUAAAAUCACGCCUUAGAAAUCUAAGACAUUCUAUAAAAAAGUCUAAUCAUUAUUUGCUCCCAUGCUCAUCAAUAUCAAUCCAAUUUAAAAAACGCCUACUGUUCUUACGACUACUAGUAAUAAACCUUCUGCAAGUAGCUUCCACCAACUUAAUUUCAUCCAAUUAAUCUCCCAGCCAUACUCCAAUAUUCCUCAUUGUCAUCAAUCCCUUCUUGCAUGAGAUUCCACUUAACGGCGUGGAAUCGAAGCCACCUGUUGGGAAUAAAAAAUAAGAAAAACAUCUUCUUCCUUCGUAUCUUCGGAUUCCAGAACAUGUUUCGAGCAUUAUAUGGGCAUGUAAGGACAUGUGUAAAUGGAUUAUUCCGGGCUUCUCGGCACUACAUUUUCUUGGGCCGAGAUGUGAGAUAUUUAUUUUAUAUGUAGAUUAUAGUAAAAAGAUGACAUAUGGCUGGAAUUUUUAACAUUUUUUGAAAGUUCUUGAAGUUAUAUAUAUUGUAUUUGACUUUUUGAUAGCUCCACUAUGCUUUAUCUUUCUUUUCAACUACUUUUUUGACCUUUUUCCCGCAAAAAAUCCCUUAAUCCUCCAAAAAACCCCUUUUUUCUCUUGUAUUAUAAUAUUUCUGUAUUUUUUUGCGGAAAAGACCCCUUUGUCGGGAGGCAAACGCCUCGCUUUACACCUUACUGCCCAUUUAUUGUCUCCGCCGUGCAUAACAGCUGGUCGGAACACGGCUUUCUUUUGUUUCUCUCCUUGUAAUAUCCCCCCGUUUACCGCUCCCUUUCCACAUUUUCCCUGAUCCCGAAGAAUUUGCAUCGGAAAAUCGUAAAAUCUCCACUUCGGAGGCCAUUAAAAGAGCGUCAAAAAAUUGCGUUGCACCCCCCGAAAGUUUGGUUUAUCUGAAGUUAUCAGCCCGGAAAAAGAGCUGAUCGGAAAAAUAAUUUGAGCGGAAGCUCUCAAGUUCUUGCUGAUAAAGUCAAAUUUUACGAGCAAAAAUUAGAAUUUUGGGGAAAAUGGUGUAAUAAAAGAAAAUAAAGAGGUUUUUUUUGAUUUUUGGUGGGAUGAGUGAGCUUUGGACGACGAAAAAAACAUGAGAACUGAUCAAAAAUCAAAAAAAGAACACAUUACAAAAAAAUUUCAAAAAAAGACCAUUCCAAUUAAGUCAAAGAUUUGCAUAAAUAACACAUGAUUUUUUCUAAGAAUUCUGAGAAAGUUUUAUACAGCGUUAUGCAGAAAUUACUAAAAAUUUUUUUGUAAAAUUUAAAAAUUUAAAUUUUGAAAAAAAAUGUUUUUUUUAAAUUUUUUAAUUAACAAAUCGUAUUAAAAAUAGUCCUAGUAAAGCUUUCAGCCCAUAAACAACUCCAAAAUUAGUAAUUUCCAUAAAAAACAAACUAAUUUUUUCCGAAAAAUACUUGUUAUGUCAUUUUACCUCCAAAAAAUAAUUUAUAAUCGCCGAACAGGUGUUUUAUCCCUCCGAUAAGAUACGAAGGAGCGUCUGGCCGAUCUCAAAGACCCCUGCGAACAAUGAAUGACCUGUCCGAAAAUUUUUUGAGACCCAAGUCUUCACCUUGUCUAAAUUUUUUCGAGUUUAAAAAAAAUUUUUUGUGAAACUCAAAAAAUUUGGUAAAAUAAACAAACAGAUCGUUAAUUACAGCCAGUCCAAGGUGAGAUGAUGUCCAGUUACGCCGGCUCGCAGCUCCCGCCGAAACCGCCGACCCCGGCGAAAGGGGGCGGGGCCUCGGAAAACGCGACCGCAGCCCUCGCUUCCCCCCUCCACAGCGAUUCCCCGGCUGUGAUUCUGCGGCCCGCCGUUCCCGCCAAACCCAACAUCGACAUUGUGCGCUACAGCAUGGCCAAUGUGCAGGGUGAGUCAUCGAAUUUGAAUAUUCUAAUUUUUAAAGUUUAAUUUGUAAUAUUUUUCUAAUUUUUUUAAAGUUUUAGAGAAAACUUGUGUAAUAAAAAGUCCAAAAAAAGGAUGGGAGAUAAAAAAUUGCUUGAGACGCUUUUUUAGCUAGAAAUUUUGUAAUGUUUAGUGUAAAAGUAAUUUUUUUGAAGGAGACGGAUUUUCAAGGUCAUUUUUAGUAACAAUUUGCACUUUUUUGGAAAUUUUUGUAAACUUUUUUGCAAAAUCAAGCCAACAAAAGGUUUUCGGCGUAUUUUACAACUAACAAUUUUACACUUAAUUCAAUUUUUCAUCAAGAUUUGUACAUUUUCCAACUUUUUUUUUAAAAAAUUCUUUUUCAAAUUUUCAUAAUUCCCCCUCUGAAAUUCAGAUGACCUUGACGAUGUCCUGAACGAACUCCUGGAGCUGGGAAACACGCUUUCCGGCCCGGCAGCUGACCAAAUCUUGUAUGGGAUCAAUCCGAUCGCGUCCUCUUCUUCAUGUCAUUCCCAACUUAAUGUCCACUCCACACCCACCCCAGCCAAUGUAAUGACUUCGAUGAAUCCUCAAAAUGCUCAGAAAGUCAUCAAUCUUCAACCAGUAAGCAUUUUAUUUCACUAUUUUACCAAAAAUGCAAAAAAAAAUUACUUUUUUAAACUUUUUUUUGCAAUAUUAUAUUUUGACCUCAAGAUACCAAGGUAUAAUCUGCAAUUUUUUGAUGGAAAAAUAUUUUUUUGACCUUAAAAUUACGUUGCAAGGGAAGAAAGCCCUCUUAUCUUUGUUUUCCAACCUUUCUCUCAAGCCCUUUUUUUGUUAUUAAUUAGCCUAAUGAGGCGUAAAAGAAGGCUUUUCUUUGCGAUUAAAUCCUCGCUUUUUCCAGUCCAAUUGCUUCGACCAUCUUGAUGGUCCGGUCCGUCAACCGACCGACCUGUGCGCCAGUCCGGACAAUGACUCGGCGUAUGGGGACAGCUCGUCGACCGAGUUCUCGACCGGCCAUCGCUAUCGGCAUUCCGAGUUUUCGAGCAACGACAGUUAUCGGGGCAGUUUGAAUACUCCAAGUCCGACGAAUCAGGUGAGAUUUUUGAUUUUUGAGGCGUAUAGGGGUUAAAGUUUUUAUUUUUUAUAUAAUAUACUUUGUAAAAAAAUGAACUUUUUGGACAGCAGACUUUGUAAAAAAUGAAAAAAAAUUUGAAUUUUUGUAUACCAAACAAUCCUCCCUUAGUCCCCCCUUACCAUUUUUUACCAAUCUUUUAUGACUCAUCAGACUUUUUUACAAUGACUUGAGAAGCUUUCAGAAGCCCGCAAAAUGCUUCAGGAGCUUCUUGAAAUAUUCAUAAAUCGCUGACACAUUUCAAUCCCCAUGUUUUUACGAUUAUUAUUGUGGGAAAAGGUGGGGGGAAAAUGAUUAAGGCGGUAUUUACCGCCCCUCUUCCCAACCUGAAUCAUGUCUGGCUGCAAAGUUGAGCGAUGCGGCAUGGGCUUUGUGGCGCAAAAAAAUGGCGAUAGGGUUAAGUUGCGGGCUGAGGAAUGGCCCGUUGAUUGAGAGGUAUUGAUGAGAUGUCAAGGGGCAUAAUGGAUCGGAAAAUAAAAAAAAUAAGAGAUUAGAGUUUCAUGGAGUGAAAAUUUGGACUUUUUUGGUCAUUAUUUUUAGAAAAAAUGAGUUUUUUUUCAAGCAAGGAGAGUAAAAAAAUUUGAAUAAUUUUUGGCAUAAUUUUGGCAAAGACUUGUGUUUAUUUUGGCCAACAAAUCUUUCCGGUUUCUUUAAAAAAUUCUGGGAUUUUCUGCACUUUUUUUUAUGUUAUUUUAGUCAUCUAGUGUAAUGUUUUCUUUACCCGAUUUCCCCAUUGACAUGUCAUCUUUGCCCAUUCAAGACCCCACCUUUGUUUCAACUUGUACUUUCCGUUCGCUAAUCCGACCUGCUGUUUGACACGGUCCCCUCGAAACAGUGGCCAAACAAAAGCCUCUUCUCCCCUCCACCUGAUCCCCCCAAAAGUUUUUCGAACAUCUGUCCACUCGAAAGCGCGCGUCCAUACUCUUGCUGCGGUCCGAGUUUCCUUCCGUUCCUUUUCAAUUCUGGCACUAAUAAUCCGCAAAGAAAAGGGAGCGAAAGAAUGGAACUUCUGCCGUAAUAAACAUUGGGGCUUAAUUUGAAGCUUCGAAGGCGAGAGUUUUGGCGGAAGUUGGGCGGAAAGAAGGGUCGAUGAACCGCCGAAAAGAUUGCAUAAGUACUCUUAGGGCAUAUGUCCGCUAGCAAAGGCACAAAGACCAUAUAAAUCUUACCGUAUAACAGCAAAAAAUCAAAGUUUAAAAAGUCAUCAAUUCAAAGUUGAUAUCAAGAAUAAUGUCGGCAGGAUUCCGAUCAAGCUCAUCAACAUUCCGCAAACUUUUUAUCACACUUUGAACCGGCUUUCUUUCUUGCAGGUCUCCCCCAAAUCUUCGGACAGCGGCACCAACGAGCCGCAGCUCACCGACGAUGAGCUCAAGGCUCUCAAGAUCAAAGAGGCCUUGGAGAAGAUGAAGGAGGCGAAACGGAAGAAGAUCUAUGUCAAGUUCUUCUUGGAGGACGGCUCGACAAAGGGCCUCCUAAUUGAUGAGCGCUGGACUGUCGCCGACACCAUGAAGCAACUGGCGAACAAGUUGGGCGUCUUCCUGACACCUGAGCAUGCGAUUGUGGAAGAGUACCCGGAAAUGCAUAUAAGUAAGCAGAUAACUGAUAAGUCUAAAGUCUUAAACACGACUAGACACCUCAUGACAUAAGAAAACAAAAUAUAGAUCAUAUUUUAUAUUAUCCAUGAUGACCUAAUAUAAGGUCAUCUUUGAAGUUCAUGUUUGCUCUAGUUGAUAUCGCGGAAUGACCAUUAUAUGCAUGUAUAGUACCUAAGGGUAAUUAGGAAGAAAAAUCAAGGGCAUUUAUUUCGUGGCUUGGCUGAAUUUUUUGUUAUUUUGCCAUUUAUAUUAUCCAUGAUGACCUAAUAUAAGGUCAUCUUUGAACUUUAUGUUUCGCUCUUGUUGAUAUCGCGGAAUGACAAUUAGACGCAUAUAUAGUAUCUAAGAGUGUCUAGGAAGAAAAAUUAAAGGCAUUUACACCUUGUCUAAGCUGAAUUUUCUUUUAUUUUGCCAUUUAUAUUAUCCAUGAUGACUUAAAAUAAGGUCAGCUGUAACUGCCACACUUUUUAUCCAAUCCAAGCUAUUUUACUUCCCAAUCACAGCUUAUUCCCUACAAAUUCAGGUCGUUGAAUUUCCCUAUGCCCUUCUCACCUCACCCGCCGCGAUCUCCCCCAUUUCUUCGGAGGAUAUUAUUUUUGGUUUAAUUAACCGAAAAGUGUGUAAUCCGAUCGGGAUUAAGAUGGCGGGGAUCCGGACCAUCUCUCUCCACUCCACGACGACAGUUGGGCUCUGAUCCAAAAACAAAUCCAGCUGUCUUGAAAUUAGAAUAUUUCUGAAGAGAGAUUUAAUGCACUCGCUUCGGGGCGCUUCAAGGCUGAGGCAGGGAAGUUGUCGGGAGAAAAUGACAGGCUGUUCGUGGUAGUUGGCGGUAAAAAGAAAGAAGAAUAUGCGAGAAAAUAAAGGGUGGAACAUAUUGGAGGCAUAAAAUUAGCUAAAAUCGGUGUUUGAAUAUGCAAAUUUUCUGAAAUUUUUGAAUUUUUUUAAAUAUGCAAAUUUGAAAACAAAAGGUGGAAUAGAUGAAAAUUAAAAUUUCGGACAAAAUUUUAGCUAUUUUAGACCGCGUUUUGCAGAAUUAACUCAAAAAUUUCAUUUUAAAAGUCAAAAAUCUCGAUUUAUAAAAAAUGCUCAAAAAGACAAGAUAAUUUGAAUGAUCUUUUUAGCUUUUCUUUAUGCAAAUAUAUGGUCAUUCAGCUGUCUUAAGGUCACAUUGUUACGUAAUCAUCUCAAAAAUCAAACCCUUGACCUUCAUUUCCCUAAAAUUGCAUAAUUUUCAGAGCGAAUCUACGAAGACCACGAGAUGGUCGUGGAAAAUAUUGAAGACUGGUUGGCCGACUCCAAGAACAAGCUGUAUUUCAUUCGACGCCCCGACAAAUACUGUUUUAUCCAUGCUCCGGAGCAAUAUCUUCUCACCGAAAAAUUCGAGUACGAUUUCCCCUCGCCCGAGGCGGAAUGGAGCCCGAAAAAUCGACAGGAACUCCUGGCCAAGUACACCCAGAACGAGGGCCAAGUCCCCGAACUCGAGGGCUACCUGCUGCUGAAAGCGGACGGCAAGAAGAGCUGGAAAAAACACUAUUUUGUCCUCCGGGCAUCCGGCCUCUAUUACUGCCCAAAGGGGAAAAUGAAGAGCGCCAAGGAUCUGCAAUCCCUGAUGACUGUGUACAAUAAUCAAAUAUACACCUGCACUGACUGGAGGAAGAAAUACAAGGCCCCCACGCCCUUCGGGUUCGCCGUGAAACACCCCAAAAUCCAAGUCAAAACCUCAAAAUAUAUCAAAUAUGUGUGUACAGAAGAUGAGAAAACUUUCCGCAAAUGGGUCACCGCGCUCAGAAUAACCAAGGUAGGAGUUGUUUGGACGAAAAAAAGAUUUUGAAUUUGAAUAUGCAAACUUUUUUAAAAAAUUAAAAAUUAAAAAUAUUUUAAUAAGGAAAAUUUUUUUAAACCAUUUUCAUCAAAAUUCCAGCGAUUUUUUGCGAUUUUUCAUUUUUGAAAUUUUUGGAUUUUCAAUUUUUUUAAUUCGAAAUAAUGCAAAAAAUGUAAGAAUAUCAAUACCAUUGAUAUUGAAAAAUCAAUUUACUUUUAUCCAAACAUCUUUUCACCAAUCAAAUUUUAAUUUUUUUCCAGAACACCGCUUCCGUUCUCCAAAAGAAUUACCAAAAUAUCCAUGAAGAAAACAAGAAACAAGCCCCAAUUCAUGUCGAUGUCCAAUCCUCGGUCCAUUCCAUGGACUUUUCGCGAUUAAAUCUAAACAAUUCAAGGCCCAGCAGUAUGAACAGUGGCCAUAAUUCAUCGAGGAUUUCAUUGGCUUCGAGUCGAUUUGGAGUAAAUGAAAAUGUCAUCCAACCCUCGACUUCGAAUACUGCUUUUGAUCAAGUGAGUAAAAGGGCAAUCUGAGGGGAAAAUAUUGGAUAAGGGGGUGAUAAAAACAACCGAUAUUUUAUUGAAAAUUUGAAGAAUUUUUUUGAUAAUUUUGGAAGUUUUUGAAUUUGCUUUCUUGGGGUAUUUUUUGUCUGAAAAAAUUGAUCUCCAAAUAAAGCUUUUUUGAUCCUGAAAAUUGAAAAAUUAUUUCGCUGAUUUGACAAAUCAUGUUUAAUUACGUAUUUUACAAUCUUUCAGGACGACUGUGGCACGAUCAAACGUCAGCCUCCGCACGAUCCGAACUCCCUUUUCAACGGCUUCAGAUCCCCUCCUUUAACCCUCCCACCAGCCCCACUGAGAGGCUCAACCGGGAACUCGGUCCGCUUCUCCAGCAGUACCAGCAACAGUGGAGAGAACUUGAAUUCGAUCUCCAACAAUGAUGGCGGCGAUACCGAUUCGGACGAGGAGCAAUUCCCGCCUCCGCCGGAUUUCUCGGUUUUCCGGCAAAGUCCGGCGGUCCCAGUGAUCGCUCCGAUACAGCCAGUCAGCGUGAUGAUGGGACAGCAAAAUGGAAUCAAUGGCACGGGCUAUAGACCUCCAAUUGUAAGGAUAUACGAGUUUUUAUGGGGGUUUAGGGGGUGGAAGGGGAGAAUUAUUUUAUUUUUGGGGAUUUUGAUGAUUUUUGGGAGGAUUUUUUAUUUUUCAAAUUGCUAGAAAAGGGUUAUUUUUAUUGAUGAUGAAUGCUAAGCUAUUACUUUAAACUAUUUUUUCUAUAAUUUACGUUCCGUUGAGACACUAAAAAUUUCAAUUUUCUCGAGUAUUUACAAUAUAAUUUUUGAACAAAAAAUCAUCACAGAUCCCAUUUUUUCGGGUUUAUUGAAAUCUUUAUAUAUUAAAUUCACCUACUACAUUAACAUUUCAGGUCCUCCCCUCUGCAAUUUCGCGUCCCACCGGCCCCAAAAUCCCCCCUCCUCCGCCGCCGAAGCGCUCCGAAAACACCCGUCUCCAAUCCGCAAAUCCCCAGCACAAACAACAGAUGGAUCUGUUCACGGAGCUGCAGCAGGCGACCCUGCGGCAAAAGCAACGAAUCGAAGGGAACUGA